AAGCUGGCGCCGCGGGCGCCGCCUCGGCCACGCCCCGUGCCCUCCCCCCCCCCCGCGGCGCUGCGCGCCAUGCGCGGGUCCGUGCCCGAGGCGCGGGAGUGGCCGGAUGCAGUGGCGCCCCGGCGGGCGCUGCGGGGCCCGGCAAGCCGUCGCGUGGCCUCCGGCGCGGCUGGGGGCUCGGCGGGCACACGCGAAGGGGUGGCGCGCCGCGCCCAGCGGAGGCGGCCGCCUCUGCAGGCCCAGCAAGAAGUUCGUCGAAGAGGUCACCGCGCAAGUCACGGCGUGCACGAGAUCCUGCGACUACGACGAAGGGUGGAGGUUGUUCGAGGCGUCUUCGGACGAUGACCCCUCGCUCUGCAACGCGGCAUUGCACCUUUGCGCCAAGGCCGCUGGG